UCAAGAGAUGAUUAUUUAAAGAAAACUGAAGAUGAAAUUCAGUUUUAUAUGAUAACAAUGAAGACAAAUGUCAAAUUUGUGAAUGAGACAUAAAAAUAUAAUAUAUAAAAAUAUAAAAAUAACAUUUGAUAAAAUUGUUGGUUUAGACCAUCAGAUUAGUCUGCCGAAAGAACUGAUAUAUCUGAUAAUAUGCUCAAGAUAUUUCAGAUUAAAAGGUGUGCGGUUGCCAGAAGGAAUUUUUCUUCAUGGUCCAUCUGCAACAGGCAAAACAAUGAUAGGAAAUGCAAUUCCUAAUGAAUAUCAAGUUCAUUUUAUUUUAAUUAAUGGUGAUGAGAUAUCUAGCAGUGAAGCCAAACAGAGAGAUCUUUUCUGAAGCUAAAAGAAGAGCACCAAGUAUUAUAUUUAUUGAUGAAUUUGAUGUUCUUUGCCCAAAAUAUCAAGAUUCUUCUCAACAAAUCGAAAGGAGAGUACUUGCAACAUUGUCGACAUUAAUGGAUAGUUUAUCUUAUGAUGACACAGCAGACGUUUUUGUUAUUGGUGCAACAAGCAAACCCAAUUUAAUAGAUGAGUCAUUAAGAAGACCAAAAAGAUUGGAUAAAAAAAUAGAGACUGGUUAUCCUAAUAAAGAAAGGUUUGAGAUACUUAAAAAAUUAUUAGAAGAUAAGAAACAUUCCUUAACAGAAGAAAAUAUGAAUGAAAUUGCUGAAAAACUUCAUCGAUACACUGGAGCAGAUUUAAAUUACUUGUGUAGAAAUGUUUCUUUUAUGGUAAAGAAAAAGCAAUCAAAUGAUCUGAUGAAACCAAGUGCUUUGAAGGGAAUGGGAAUUCAGAUUUCAAAGGUUUAUUGGCAAGAUAUUGGUGGUAUGCAUGAAGUAAAACAAAAAUUGAAAGAAGCAAUAGAAUGGCCAGUGAAGCAUCCUGAAAUAUUUCAAAAAAAUAGAUCCAUAGCCUCAAGUUCCAACAUAGCUGCAUUAAUUUUGGAGAACACACCAGCUAACCCAUGUACCGUGAAUUUCUUUAUUUACUUCUUCAGUUCUUUCAUCGUCUUCCUCUUCCAAAUACUGCAUCGCUUCUACUCUAUUAAAUCUUCAUUUGUUAGCUCUCCAUUGGCAUAAUCCACUGAUUCAGCAGUGUCUUUCACUUCAACAUCUAAAUUAAGUGCAUUGGCAAGGCCUGCAAUUGUUUAAGUUACAUCAAACUGACUAACAGUCCAUAACAAGUCAGUGAGCAUGUUACCAAUCGCCACUGAUUGACACUCAAGCUGAGAAAGGGGAUUUUCCGAAUUGCAGGCCAAAACUCAAUUGGUUGUAAGUGUGAGUGGUCGUUAAGCAGAUAGGUCGUAAAGUGAGGAGUAUCUGUACAGUGAAACCUCGCUUAAUGAGCACUUCACAUAAUGAGUAAGUCACAUAACGAGCAAAACAAAUUUGUAAAAAAUGACUCGUUUAACGAGUGACAAGAAGGGAUGUCCCGGAUUGUGCGCACGCUCCAUCAGUCUGUGUUUAGUACUCAUUCUGCUAGCAUCUUAGUGUCGCUUGUGAU